CAUACAAUUUCGCGCCAUUUCAAUGAUUACUAUUUUUCUUUGCGGUUAGGCUAUUUUUUAUUUUAAAUAAUGCACGUACGCGUAAGAAUAUUUGGUAAACCCGACACCGUGGUCGCGGUUAACUCGAAACUAACUAAAAUUGAACAAUUUCGACAUAUCAUAAAUGAUACGUUUAACAUAGACCCAAAAUCUCAACGGCUGUUAUACGGCGGCAAAUUGCUUGAUGAUGGAUACACAUUCCAUGAUUACAACAUAAAACUUAAUGAUGUCAUACAACUCGUGGUGUGCUCCCCGACCGAGGCAGCUGCUGAGGUCAAAAAAGAGGCUGAAACCAAAACUGAAUCUAAAGAAGACAUCAAGACCAAAGAGAUAAAUUAUAUAGAUGCUGAAAGCAUAAUAUAUGAAAUUGGAGAUUUCAUUGACAUGAAGGAUCGAGAACAAGGUGCCUGGUUUGAAGGUAAAAUAGUGAGGAUAGUACAGGAUCCUGAUGCUCCUGCUGUAGCGCCAGCCGUUGGCGACACUACCAUCACUACAGCAAGUGCGGAGGAGGAAAGUGAUUCAGAGAACAAGCCUCCAAGUGACUCAGAAAACAAGCCACCAAGUGAGACUGCUAAUAGUAACUCUGCAAAAUCAAAAAAGAAAGGUAUUGCUGAUUAUUUCACAAAAACACCAAAGAAGAAAGCUAUUGAGAAAGUAGCAAAGCCUAAAAGUCCAAAGGAUGAGCCCACCGGCGGGCACUUGCUGUACAAGGUGCAGCUGGAUGAUGAUGAUUCUGACACAUUCCACUAUUGUAAGUUAAAGGAGAUAAGACCAAGAGCGAGAACGGCCAUAGAAAUUAAAGAUCUGAAAGUUGGCCAAACAGUUAUGAUAAACCAUAACCCAGAGCGCCUGUUAGAAAAAGGAUAUUGGUAUGACUUUAAAGUAGAAGAAAUAAAGAAACUGCGUAUUACUCAUGAGCUCAUAGGCACACUGUACCUGGGCCCCGAGGCGGUACCGCAGAACGACACUAGAGCUCGGGUGCACGACAAAAUUUUCGCCAUCGAGGACAUUGUGCCCCUCGCCGAGAGAAAUGAGGAGUACAACCAGAUGAUGAGAACUCAACCUGACAAACGUUCAAUGCCUCUGAACUGCUUGACGUGCCGCGAUAAUGAAAAUGCGCGUUGCAAGGAUUGCGGAUGUUUCCUGUGUUCAGGAAAAGAAUUUCCUGAUAAAAUAGUGCUAUGCGACGAGUGCAACAAGGGCUUCCACAUGAUCUGCCUGGAGCCGCCGCUGGGCGAGCUGCCGGAGGGCGACUGGUACUGCCCGGGCUGCAAGCGGGACGCCAGCGCGGUGGUGGCGCCCGGCGCCAGCAAGCAGCGCAAGAAGGCGCCCGCCUCCACCACCACCAGGGACUGGGGCCGCGGCAUGGCGUGUGUCGGGAAGACCAAAACCUGCUCCAUGCCUGCUAACCACUUUGGACCGAUUCCCGGUAUUGAAGUCGGCAUGUGCUGGAGGUUCCGGAUACAGCUGUCGGAGUCGGGCGUGCACCGGCCGCCCGUGUCGGGCAUCCACGGCCGCGACGAGGAGGGCGCCUACAGCAUCGUGCUCUCAGGCGGGUACGAGGACGACGUGGACCACGGCGACGAGUUCACGUACACGGGCAGCGGCGGCCGCGACCUGUCCGGCAACAAGCGCACCGCCGGCCAGUCCUGCGACCAGACCCUCACGCGCGAGAACAAAGCGCUGGCGCGCAACUGCGCGGUGGCGAGGGUUUCGGAGGCGGGCGGCGACGCGGGCGCCGCGUGGCGCGCCGGCAAGCCCGUGCGCGUCGUGCGCUCCUACAAGAUGCUCAAGCACUUCCCCAAGUACGCGCCCAAGGAGGGCAUCAGAUACGAUGGCAUCUACAAGGUUGUGAAAUACUACCCGGAGCUCGGGCUGGCCGGGUUCCGCGUGUGGAAGUACCUGCUGCGCCGCGACGACCCCGAGCCCGCGCCCUGGGCGCCCGGCGCCAAGCUGUUCCCCGCCAUCUACCCCGAGGGCUACUUAGAGGCUGAAGCACUGAAGCUGGCACUGAAAGCAAAAAAUGCUAAGAAUGCCAAAGCGCAAAGAGCAGGGAAGAAACGUGCCAUUCGCGAGAUGUCCAGCUCGUCCGAGGAGGACGCGGCGCCUCCGAAGCGACGCAAGAAUAAUGCUCCGGCUCAAAAGAAAAAGAGCCCCGUUCAAAAGAAUAAAAUAUUAAAAUUCACAUCUCCGACAAAAAAAGCGGUCCCGAGUGAAGCGAGUCCGCCGGUGAAGACGGAGAGGGGUCUGAGCGACGAGGAGCGGCGGGUGAUCGCCGCCGACGCGCUCAACGCCAAGCUGUGGCGCGAGUGCCUCAUGGUGGCCGAGACGCGCGGGAAGAAGGAGUUCGUGGAGUACGUGAGCCAGGUGUUCCUGUGCAUCAUCUGCCAGGAGGUGGCCGCGGGCGUCGUCACCACGCCGUGCCUGCAUAACUUCUGCGGGGCAUGCCUGAAGUUAGCGUUCAAGUCGACGGGAGCGCGCACGUGCCCGUGCUGCCGCGCGGCGCUGGCCGCGGCGCCGCCGCACAACGCGCAGCUCACGGCCGCGCUGCGCGCCGUCAUGGCCGGCUACGACGCCGGGAGGAACUAGACACCACCGACCGUCUACCAGGUACA